AUGAUCGGCUCCUUCCUCCCCCUCCCCACCACCUCCGGCCGCUCCCUUCCGCCCCGCGCCACCACCACCACCACCCUCCCCUUCCCAAGAUCCCCACUGCGUCUCCGCCGCCGCCGCCAGAUCCGCGUCUCCGUGUCGUCGUCGUCGUCGUCGGAGAGCAACGAGGAGGGCGCGGGGAGCACCAACGGGUCCCUGCCGGGGCUUGCCCCCGUGAACGGCGAGGAGGAGGAGGAGGAGGACGACGAGUCGUGCCCGGUGGAGUGCGUGACGGAGUUCAAGACGGACGAGGAGCUGGGGCGGUUCCUGGAGCGGUCGCGGGCGACGGGCGCGCUGGUGGUGGUGGACUUCUUCCGGCCCUCCUGCGGCAGCUGCAAGUACAUCGAGCAGGGCUUCAUGAAGCUCUGCAAGGGCUCCGGCGACCACGGCUCCCCCGUCAUCUUCCUCAAGCACAACGUGAUUGAUGAGUACGACGAGCAGUCGGAGGUGGCGGAGCGGCUGCGCAUCAAGGUGGUGCCGCUCUUCCAUUUCUACAAGGCCGGGGUCCUGGUCGAGUCCUUCGCCACCCGGGACAAGGACAGGAUCACCGCCGCCAUUGCCAAGUACACCUCACCUGAUGAGCAUUUCCCUUUUGCAGGCAGGAGCCGGAGGAGUAAUUUCUACUCCAAAUACGUACAUACAUCAAGAGCCAUCUAG